AUGACAGAGCUCCACGAAGCUGUGGCUUUGGGGGACUACGACCUGGUGGAUGAGAUUUUGAGGACAGGGCGCUGCGACCCAAAUCACAAGGAUGUCGACUGGCAUGACAGGACCCCGCUGCACUGGGCGGCUGCAAAAGGGCAAUCGGAGCUGGUCAAGCUCCUCGUGGAUCACGGGGCCCGGCAUUGCCUGCGGAGCAACGUGGGCUGGACUCCAGCUCACUUUGCAGCUGAGUCAGGGAGACUGGGGGUCCUUCGCACCCUUCAUUCCCUGCACGCUGCUAUGGAUGCGGCCGACCUCUUCGGUGACACUCCCAAGAGACUUGCGGAAAUCUACGGUCACCAAGACUGCUUCAGGUUCUUAGAAAU